AUGCCUAAAGGUAGUGUGCCAAUCGUGGUGCCAUCGGCAAAAGUUAUAGCCGCCUGGUUCCACGUUGCAUUUGCACAAAGUUUUGAAUCUAAUAAGUAUUCUAAUCAAAUUGCUUUGAUUCAAAUUAAUACGAUUUUAUCAACAUUACCUGCUCUUGUACUUAUAGUUGAACUUAAUCAAUUACCACAUGUUAAUUCAGAUUCAUUUGAACAAAUACGUUUAUUAUUUAGAUUAUUAUUUAAACCAACAUGUCGUACAGUAAAUCUACAGGAUGACUUUAAGGUUUGCUUAGAGGGGAACCCGCCUUCUUGUGAGGAGUGCGGUUAUGAUGGGAACGACAUUUAUAAUCGAUGCAACUGUAGAUGGCUGCCAUAUAUUGGAACUGAUGAAACUUGGAGUAUACAAAAUGCAAUUCGAUUUACAUCACGUCUAUUCCUCGACAAAUCUUAUACCAGAGCAGAAUGGGGUCAGUUAUUAGAUGAAGAUUAUUCCAGAAUACCAAAGUCAAGAUUAAGAUUAUUAAUUAAUUAUGUUGCUUAUGAUGUAUUAACAGCAUCUAAUUUAGUUAAUCCAGUUAUGGAAAAAUGGUCAUACAAGGAAUUUAGUGAAGCAUCAAUGACUUUUUUAUUAACAGAUACAUCAUCUUCAACAUUGACACAUACAACAACAUCAUUAAAAAUUGACAAAAUUAAAAAAAAUAUUAAUGAUAAUACCUUUAAAAAUGUUUUAAAUUUUUUAGAACCAAUUUCUGAUGAUGAAUUAAAUGGAAAUGAAGGGGAUAAUGUUAAUAGAAAUGAAGAAGAUAAUGUUAAUGGAUAUGGGGAGAGAUCUGCUGGCGUAAGUCGGCCAGAUCCUGCACCAAGAAGAGUUCGUCGAAGAAAUCCACAAUGGAAGAAUCUACGAAAUAAGAAUGUUUCGUUACAAGAUUCCAUCACAUGA